UCCUUUGAAUUCAUCCUCUUUUUUUUCUCUCUCUCCUCUAAUCUACUUCACUUGGAUUACAAAACCGUGAACAUCUCUUACAAUCCAUUUUUCUUUUCUUUCUUUCUUGAAUUUUCUAUCGUUUUGCUCGAAAGUUCAGUUCAGUUCAAUCCAGUCCAUUCCAACCCGGUUUAGUUCAUUUCAACUCGAUAUUGUAUUCCAUCUUUCAUGACCAUGAAGUUGAAUAAGCCACUAUUGAAUCAAUACCUUUCUUUGUUUCUCCUUAAUCUAAGCAUGUUUCUAUAGUACUCUUUCUAAACUUCCCCUGUUUUUUUCCUCUGUUUUUCAUUUUUAGUUAGUUUAACAAAAAAAAAAUGAUGGUUCAAUAUUAUGGAAUAACCCAUUGGGUUUUUCUGUCUCGUAUAAACUUUUAACCAAUUUUGAUAUGCAACAAAUCAAAACCAUAAUUUCUAAAAGCCAUGCAUCUCAAUCAGUUCAUGAAGUUCUUAAAAUCAAUCCAAACUUACAGAAGAAAAAUCCCAGUUAUAAUUUUUGCACCCUCUUCGAAUUAUUAACAUAAAAAAAUUCCUUACAAUAUUGUUAUAUUUUUUGUCCUACAAAAAAGUUCAUAAAAAUCAGAGAUGGAGAGCUCAUCAUGUUUUCCAACAUCAUUAAGCUGUUUAAAUCUUCGUCGUCGUCGUCGGAAGUCACUAGCGAUUCGCUCAAUGGCGAAAGCACCAAGAAGAAACUGGGAUAUGGAUGCAGAGAGCACGGAGAGGAAGCGAUUCGAUAGCUUGGAAUCGUGGUCGAUGAUAUUGGAUUCAGAAAACAUAGAAGCAUUAGAAUCAGCAAACCAAGAAGGUAAAGAAGAAUGGACAGCAGAUUUAUCGCAGUUAUUUAUAGGAAAUAAAUUUGCAUCAGGAGCUCAUAGUAGGAUUUAUAGAGGGAUUUAUAAGCAGAGAGCAGUUGCUGUAAAAAUGGUCAGAAUUCCAACACAUAAAGAUGAAGCAAGAGCUAAGCUUGAACAUCAGUUUACUUCUGAAGUUUCCUUGCUUUCUGGCCUUUAUCACCCCAAUAUAGUCCAGUUUAUUGCUGCAUGUAAGAAACCACCAGUAUACUGCAUAAUUACAGAAUACAUGUCUCAAGGGACUCUGAGGAUGUACCUAAACAAGAAGGAGCCUUACUCCCUGUCAACAGAAACAAUACUUCGAUUAGCCCUCGACAUUUCGAGAGGAAUGGAGUACCUUCAUUCACAAGGGGUGAUCCACAGGGACCUCAAAUCCAACAACCUGCUCCUCAACGACGAGAUGAGGGUGAAGGUAGCAGAUUUUGGUACGUCGUGUUUGGAAACGCAGUGCCAAGAAACGAAAGGGAACAUGGGAACAUAUCGUUGGAUGGCCCCGGAGAUGAUCAAGGAAAAGCCUUACACAAGGAAGGUAGACGUGUAUAGCUUUGGGAUUGUUCUUUGGGAGCUUACUACUGCUUUGCUUCCCUUCCAGGGUAUGACCCCUGUGCAAGCUGCCUUUGCUGUUGCUGAAAAGAACGCUCGGCCUCCCUUACCAGCAAGUUGUCAGCCUGCCUUAGCACAUCUAAUAAAGAGAUGCUGGGCAGCAAACCCAAACAAAAGGCCAGAUUUUAGUUACAUUGUGGCGGCUCUUGAGGAAUAUGAUGAGUGUGUGAAGGAAGGCCUCCCUCUUGUGUCACGCCGUCGAUUGGUCAGACGUAAUGCGAAUGCAAUAGCUCAUCGUUUCAAAACCUGCAUUACCUUGAAUUCUCCCCCCUCCUCCUCUAUACCUGUAAAUGCAUGACCUUCAAAAACAAAAAAAAAUAUGGGAAAAAGGGUCAUUCAUUCAUCAUUCAUGAUCUUGAUUAAUGUUCAUUAUUUUUUUAGUUUGAAUUACUAAAGUUUAUGACCACCUGCCUAAUUUAGUUGAGAUUAUUUACUUAUGCCAAUCUAUUAAAGUCAAUUAUGUGUACAUAUCUAUUGCGACCUUCAUUUAUUGCUUAGGGUGUACUCCUAUCUCUAAGUCUUAGUCUUACCAAAGAUGAUUGUAUUUGUUACUAAUUUUCAUAUGCUUCAUUUUAUUAUUGAUCAAUUAUAUUUUCUAUCAAGAUUGUCACUAUUUCACCUCAUUUAAGUGAAGACUCCGUAAUAAUUUACAACCUGUGUAAUUUACAAGUACCAUCACUAAUAUCAGUAAUAUUGAAUUAAUUUUGCUAAAAAAGAAAAUACAAAACAAUUCAAUUUUGACAUGUGGCAUCUAAAUCAUUUUAGGAAUUUAAUUUUGGAGACUUUUUUUAAGCAAAUACCCCAAAAGUUCAAUUGUUCUAAGUUGAUCAAAAGUUGAGACCAAUGAAAGAAGAUUAGUCAUAAUUGGGACUAUUGGAAUUAAUUUUUCGUAUUAGUACAACUUCAGUAGGUGAUAAAGGGGUUUAGGCCGUAUGGGUAACAAAGUUACAAACUACCAAUGGUAGUUUGACAUCACAAUAUACACAAUAUCUCCUAUAAAAUUAGUGAAAUAUGUUCUAUUUUAAAGUCAUGCUAUGUAUAUCUUGAACAUGAAUAGAGGAGUUGCUACACAUCAAAUAUCGUAGUAUUAACAUGUCUGCUGAUCACUAGAAUGCAUGGGGAACCCUGAACAGACAAUCCCUUCAGUAGUUCUGAACAGAUAACCGGUUCAAGUGAUCCUCUCAGCGGGAAAUUUGGAUCGAUUACGGCUAGACCUAUAGUUGGUGAUGUAUGAGUAUGAAGCAAAUUCAUGGCUGCUGUACAUUCUACAUCCCAUCAAUACAUGUAUUAGGCCAAUUUUACUUUUGAGCCAAGUGUCCAUAAAUGAGACCAUGACUACUAACAAGACAAACAAAUUCACAUUUACAAAUUAAGAAAACAAUUCAAUACAGAAAGCUACAAGGUAAAGCAUUCAUAUUUCAUAUACUUCAGGUUUGAACAGAAAUUCAAAAUUGAGGAAAUCAGAUUUCCAUGUUUCUAGGAGAUAAAUCAUACUAAA